AUGACCCUUCAAAGCGCCCUUAAGACUACCAUCCUCUUUAUCAUAAGCUUGAUCAAUCAUGCUACAGUCAACAAGCCUGUGGCGCCACCAGAUCCAACCGCCCGGUCUAAUGAAUGCAGUAUACCUUCCAAAUAUGCUUCAUCAAACGGGACAGCAGACGACUCUCCCGCAGUCCUGGCAGCAUUCGUAACCUGCAAUAGGAACGCAGUAAUCCACUUUGGCCGCGGAGUGGAUUACAACAUCCUGACGCCCAUCAAAGCCACAAACCUCAAUAACGUGAUGAUUCACAUGCAAGGCAACCUCCACCUGCCCCGAGAUAUCAUGGCAGUCCAAAAAGUUGUCAGCGGCAGCGUCGAAUCCGCCUUAUCAAAGCCCCUGUAUUGGUUCGAAUUUGCUGGUCCAGGGAUAGACUUCCUUGGAAACGCGUAUGAGGACGGGUGGAUAUAUUCUUAUGGACAAGCAUGGUGGGAUGCGAACCCGACCGACGCGACGGGUUUAGCUUUAAGACCGCAAUUAAUGAGUCUUAAUACGACAUACGGCUCUCUUCAACACUUCAAAUCCCGACAACCGAUUGCUGGGAAUGUGAGGUUGAUUGGGAGUAAUAUUGCAGUUACCGAUGCCAUCAUCGAUGCCCGUUCUAACUCCAGUAAGUUCCCGUUCAACACUUUUGGCUUCGCGGUUUCCGGCGCGAAUAUCUCUCUCACCAACAGUGUUAUCUUCAAUGGAGAUUAUGCUAUAGCUAUACAACCCGACUCGCACAAUAUCAAUUUCGACGGGGCGACCAUCGGGUUUGCAAGCCGUGGAAUGACCAUUGGGCCCAUCGGCGAGGAUCCGAAUGUCUUUGCAAGCAUUUCCAAUAUCAGAUUCAACGAUGUAACACUCAUCGACAGUCUCUAUGCAGCAAAUAUCAGAACUUGGGCUGGAGGCCAGGGGCUGAUAAAGGACGUUUCCUGGUCCAAUAUCCGCAAUUUCAACGUCACAUUUCCAAUAUUCGUCACCCAGGCAUAUUCAAACCCGAAUGGCAAGCAGCAUUCUGGCAAACAGAGCACAUCGGACGUGCUGCUUGAGGGGGUAUCCUUCAAAGAAUUCUCGGGGACGAUCAACACUUUCCAUCCCGGCGACGGGUCUUGCGUUACCGAUCCAUGUUGGUACAACGUGGGAUGGCCGGGCUUGACGCACACCGAGUAUGUCAUUUUUAACUGCAGCACGGAAUUGUCGUGUAGGAACAUAACGACGGCCAAUAUAUGGGUGUAUCCGGAAAAUGGUGAGACAUCGAAGAUAAUUUGCGUCAAUUUGAAGAGGAACUUGAACCCGACGCUGGGGUUCCCCUGUGGGUCGGGCUAA